CUCUGGCAUCCCAAGCAAUCCUCGCCAUGGCCGACCACAAAGAGCCGUCCGCGCAAUUUCCUGGGGGCGAGUCGGACAUGUCCGAGACCGAGAAGCAAUCGAUUGCGCAAGACACGCUGCCUCUGGCGCCUCCGCCGCCCCCGAAUGGCGGCACUCUCGCCUGGCUGCAGGUCGCCGGGGCCUUUUUUCUCUUCUUCAACUCCUGGGGCGUCGUCAACACCUUCGGGGUGUUCCAGAGCUACUAUGAGGAAACGCUGCUGUCCAACUACUCGGCGUCGGCCAUCUCGUGGAUCGGCACCGUCCAGGGCUUCCUGCUGUUCCUGGCGGGCAUCGUGGUCGGCCCCAUCUUCGACAAGGGCUACCUGAAGAGCCUGAUCGCCAUCGGGUCCUUCCUGGUGGUGUUCGGCCUGAUGAUGACCUCGCUGGCCACGGAAUACUACCAGUUCUUCCUGGCGCACGGGGUGGCCGUGGGCAUUGGCUGUGCGUUCCUGUUCCUGCCCAGCAUCGCCAUCGUGGCCACUUAUUUCACCACUCGCCGUGCCAUGGCCACCGGCAUCACCGCCUCCGGAGGCAGCAUCGGCUCCGUCAUCUACCCAGUCAUGUUCCACAAACUCAUCGACCGGGUCGGCUUCGGCUGGACCGCCCGCAUAAUCGCCUUCGUCGCCCUGGCCGGCCUCAUCUUCUCCUUCCUGGUGAUGAAACGCCGCCUCCCCCCCCCCCAACAGGCGCGCUCUCUCCUCGACCUCUCCGCCUUCCGCGAGCCGUCUUUCAACAUCUUCAGCCUGGGCCUCUUCCUCGCCUUCGUCGGCCUGUACUUCCCCUUCUUCUACCUCCCCACCUACUUCACCUCCUACCUGCACGCCGGCGACAACAUCUCGUUCUACAUCAUCGCCAUCCUCAACGCCGCCUCUGCCUUCGGCCGCAUCACCCCCGGCCUCGUCGCCGACCACUUUGGCUCCCUCAACACCAUCAUCCCCAUCUCCUUCAUCGCCACCAUCAUGGCCUUCGCCUGGAUGGGUAUCCACUCCAACGCCGGCGCUAUCGUCUUCGCCGUCAUCUAUGGGUAUGCCUCCGGCGCGAUUGUUUCGCUCCCCCCCACUAUCCUGGCCCGUCUGACCCCCGAUAUGUCUAUUGUCGGGACCCGCAUGGGUAUGUCGUUUACUUUUGCGGGCUUGGGGCUGUUGAUUGGGAAUCCCAUUGCCGGGACGUUGUUGAAUUUGACGGACGCCGUGUUUUGGAGGGCCCAGCUUUUUGCGGCCGUUAUGAUGGUCGCGGGCUCGGUGAGUUUUGUGGUGCUGAGGUUGAUGAAGUGGAGGGAUGGCGAGGGGUGGAAGAUCUGA